AUGAAGCCUGGUCUUCUGUUGUUUUCGCGUCCAUCGCCAUGCUGCAAGGAAAUCUUGUUGUCAACGGGAGGAUGUUUAGGUGGGGCGGAGGGCGACGACGUUGUCCUUUUGUUUUGGAGUGCCACGUGUACUUCACACACACGUGGCCACCUCCUCUACUGUAAUUCACACUGUACUCACCUUGCGCUUCCUUCGCGUGUUCGGUCAAAAUCAGUCCACCGCUUCCGCCUCGCUUCUGCCUCUCUUCCGCCUCAUCGCCAUCGACCUCCCCGACCGCACCGUCUCUCCCCCCCACCGCAUCAACGUCCGCUGCGCUCCGCCCGCCCCCCACCUUUUCUCACCAUGACGUGGCUCGAGGCCAUGCCUCCCCUCAUCAUCAUCACGGGCGCCCUCGCCGCCAUGGGCUCGCUACAGGCCGCGGUCCACCGCGGCUUCAACGACGGCAAGAACAAAAAGGUCCAGCGCGACUACUUCUCGCACCUUAUGGACAAGCGCGACAAGCGCAUCCGCGAGGAGGUCACCGCCGCCGAACAGCCCGACCAAUAGACACGUCCGCACCUCCCCUGUCCCCGCUAUGUAAAGCCACCGCCAUCGUCACGAAAA